CGUGAGGGGAGCAGGGAUUUAGGAAGCGAAAGUCAAUGAGGAGCCAGCCUGGAACUCGGACAGACCCGGUUGGUGGGGAGAUGAGCUUGGCGACCCUCCUGCUCGGGCUUGGGCUGCUGAUCCAGCCAGGCAAUGGGAAUGAGGGUAGCAGAGCUGGAAGCUGUUACUGUAAGAAGCUAUUUCACACCAACUCUCCUCCAACUGCUCAAGAAUUGGAACAUUUCCGAAAACAACUGAGAGCCUAUGAUGACUGUGUCCACUACAUCAGAAUGUGGACGAGCUUAUUCUGGGAGUAUGACCCAACAGCAGCAGCACAUACCUCCUCACAGCACUCAGGUUAGCGUGUCCCCAGAAAGCGCACCUCUGAACAUCAGCACUGCAGCCUGGAUGUACCAGCCAUCCACCCCCCUGCCAUCUACCCAACUGUCCACGUUCGUAGCAGAAACAUCAUCCCUUGACAGAAAGUUCACACGUGCCAGUGGAUUCACCACUUCCACUAUGAGCCACAGUCUGGAUGCUACAGCUGAUCACCUUAAGCAUCAGGAAGAAGAGAAUUUGGAUCCUGUAGCUGGGCCACCCGUCCUGGUGCCUGUGCUGUCCCUCUUAGCUAUCAUCUUCAUCCUCAUCAGCAUUCUCCUUUAUGUACUUCUCAAGAAGAGACAGAAGUCACGGCAGCACUUUCAAGGUAAAAAUUCUCCCUCAAAGACCCAGAGCCUCCCUGGCAGGGAUCUUGCCCCUAGGAGCCCCCAGGUGGCUAUCAAACUGUUCCAGAUAGACACAUCAUGA